AAUUGGGACAUUCCUAGCUUGACGCGCUAGAUCGCCCGUUUAAAAUGAAACACCCCCGGCAAGAACGGGCCAGCCCGCAUACAAUGCAGUUGAGGGAGAGAAAAAGAACAGGGUAUUACUACGGGGCCCUGGAGGGCAAGUCAGGUACGGCUUGUUGACAAUGACUCAUAUGUCCGUCGGACCGCUGCAUCAUCCCAGGGCAUGCGUACCCACCACAUGAAUACGAUCUUUUAUGCCCAACACCCGGAGAUGUGCGUGCAUCUAUCUAUCUAUCCGUAAGUCGUUGAAUAAUCAGCAUGCAGUAAGUAGUUCUUCUUACGACGACCUCUUAAUUGACUCAGUAGACCCCUUCACCGGUCAUCGUCUUGAGGGACAUGGCGUUGGUCUAGAAUUUGAAGAUCCCAGGCUGCGCUCGAGUAACAUGCAGUUUGACCAAGCAGAUACCCGUCUAAAACGACACGUCCAGAGGACGAGAAAUGUCUCAGCUCUUAUGGGUGGGAGACGGUUGAUCGUUGCUGUGGAUAGAUAUGGCUAUGACUCCCGCGCAGGCACGUGGUUCGGAUACGUCACUGUAUCGCGACUAUGCGGCUUUUGUGAGCCCAGCCAGACUUCCCCAUUGUUCCUACGAGCACUCGAUCAACAGGGAAGGAUGUUUCCUUUCAUAGGGUACAAUUCCCUCAAGAGACAUUACAAAUGUGGGCAAACGACACACCAUUAUCACUAGGACCCGCCCGCAGAACCUUGAAACACAAUUGACCUUCCUGGUAUUGAAACAAUGGUUCCACCUCAUUACCUGACAGUCAUGCCACAAUGCUCAAUCAGGAUGCUCAUUUAGUCGCGUUCUUUCCCACAUAGGGGGGAUCCUCGCCAUAGACGACCUUGUAUUCCCGGGCGUACCGGUCGGCAUCGACUUCUUGAAGUCGCACGUAUUUC